CUUUAACUUCCGUAUUCAAUAUUUAGAUUGAAGGUGGUAAUACUAGUGAACAAGUGAAAAAAAUAUGGAUGUCUUAGUUUAUUUUACUAUAGUGACAAUUGUUGCUAUUUUUGAUAAUGGUAAAAUAGCGAAAGCGAAUACUAGUAGUUGUGACACGGUCCCUGCGAACAAUGGAAAGUGCAAUCUUACGGUAACAAACGGGCAACCUUGUUAUUUUGGAAACAAAAAACAGUUUGCAAGUAUUUCUUGUAAUCCAUCGUAUACAUUUGAUGCACAGACGAAUUUCACUUGCACGGGAACUGGAAGUACCCGUACCUGGACACCGGCAGCAUCAGCAGUGUGUUCAUCAGAAUCGAUUCUUUUGACACCAACUUCAACAAUGUCCUUCACUUUGAAUAGUAGCUUGUCUUCUGUCAUCAGUACAGGGACAACUUCUUUGGAAACUUAUGUUACGAUGCCAAGAACUGAAAUAAAUACAUCUGCUAUAACGCCGUUUACAUCCUCUCCAAUAAUGCCAUCAACAAGUUCAACUAUAGUGGUUGCUUCUUCAAUUUAUAUAAUAACACCUGACCCUGCAGCAGCACAUAAAGUUAAAGAAUCAGGUACAAGUAUUAACAUUUCAUUCAUCUCUAGCAUUAAAACAAAUCGUCUUUUAAAAAAAUAGAACCAAGAGGGAUGCCAGUAGUUUUAAAUUAUUUCAGAAGAGAGUAAAGAAAUUGUACUUAAAGUCUAAUGGAAUAUCUGCCAUACCAUUUUAAGAUGCUUUUAGCAAAUGUAAAUUGUUAAGUAAUUUUGAAAUAGCAUUCUUAGUGAAUACAAUCAAACGUUUAGGUUUAUUUUAAAUUUUUAUAGUAAUUCUCGAGUGAUUAGUUUUCUGUUUACAAUAGUCUAAGUAGUAUUCUAGAUUUCAAAUCAUUCUAGUUGUAGUAAAGGACGAUCAUUAUCCAUGUAUAUUGAUUUGAAUUGCAUGAUCAAAUUAUCAGUCAUGGACAAACGAAUUUGAAAUAUUAUACAGAUAUACAUUUUGCUUUAUAUGAACUCCCUUAAACAGUUUCAAACUGCAACGAAGUACCAUACGAUUUAUCUUAAUAAAAGGAAAUGUUGUUCCAAAUAUGAUAUUAUGCCAUUGUUAUUAAGUUAACUUAACUAUACAAACGGCAAUAAAAAGAUAUGUUUAGUCACAUUUAAAUAGGUUUAAAAUUCCAAUGUAUUAUCAAAGUGAUGUGGUAAUCACAAUAACACAUAGCAAGUCAAACCUUGAAAUAAGUUUGAUUUGAUCUAUGCAUUCAAUUAAAAAAUAUUUUUACCAUAAAAUUCUACAAGAAAAUUCAUUUACAGAUCUGUAUAUUGUCAGCAUAACUUGAAAUUUGUUUUAAUCAUUUACAUUCUAGUGUUAUCCCACAUAUUCAAGUGUCAUGUAACUCUUGGUUUCAAUGAUUCACUGAUCAAGUAAUAAAGUGUUAUCAAGAAUAACAAAGUGGUACAAUAGGUUUUACAUGCUGUAUAGAUGUAAAUACAUACAUGCAUAAAAAUACUCCAGCAUCCGUCUUUAUUUCGGUUCGGUGAUGAGAUCUUAGUUCUUAUUUAACGA